AUGGCAUACUACAACCAGCCCAACAGCACGGACUACGACGAUCUACCCGAUCUACUACCCUACGAACCCCCUAGCAACAGUCCCUACGGCGAGCCUGUCGAUAUGGCAUACCCGCGGUCUAUGUUCAUGGGGGAUAUGUUCCCCUCACCUCCUCGGCACAGAGACACACCAUCCUCGAGCUACUCCUCCGCUACUCUCUCUUCGUCCCCCUACAAUGAGUCCACUCAGGAGCCCUCGCAGCAACCCACCCAGGAGUCCACCCACACCCCCACAGGACCCUCCACGUCCAGCCCAGGCCACUACUCCCCCUGCUCCUCCCGCAGAACCUACUCAUCCCCCUCCUCCCCCAGCAUGCCAGACCUGGAAGACGUUCCUCGCGCCCAAUAUCAGCCUUUCUCUGAGGGUGAGGACACUGAGGCGGAGAAUACGGAGUAUGCACCUUCGCAGAGUGAGAGAGUGGAGCCGGGGUUGGAGUAUGAUACUUCCUGCGUUUGCUCGGAUGAUGAGGAAGAUGAGGAGGAGGAUGGUGAGGAGGAUGAGGAGGAUGAGGAUGAUGAUGAGGAGGAUGAGGAUGAGGAUGAGGAGUCUGAAGACGAGGAGACUGAAGAUGAGAUGUCCACAAGAGGGCGGCCAACGAAGAGAGCGAGUACCAAGGGUCGGCACGCGAGGGAUGAUUCCACCUUAACCGUGCUAGCGAGGUCAUUAAAGGAAAGUCUCGUUGCGCUGCGUGUGCAAGAACUAAAGAAAGCCGCCCAAGACAACGAGAAGAACCGCCCACCACCCCUCUGGAAAACCAUCUCAAAGCAAUUCCUCAUCCUCCUCCUCCUCUCUGUCGCUGCAUUCACAACAGUCUGGGUGGUCAACGAAGUGCACUACCGCGGCGGCCUGCCCUAUGUAAAGUUGUUCAGAGGGUAA